AUGGGGGCAACUGUUUGUAAAUAAAGGCAAGAUAAUUAUGGUCAAGAGGUCAUUUAGGAUCAGAACGAUGUUUAAAUCAACAAUAUCACUUUUGCCAAAGAACAAUCCUCCAAAUUAGAUCGUUCGAGUCUUAAACACCCCAGCUUAAAGAAGAAAACUAUCACUCAGAUUCUAGGGAAGCUUCCAGAUGACCCUAUAAAUCUAAGCAACAAUUAAUCGAGAACCUACUACUCCUGCACUUCCAACCUAGUAAAAUAAUGCUUUUAAACCUAGCGAUGUCGUCAAUUAGAAUGGAGAAACACAACAUUUCCAGAAUAUUUAGUUGAUUAUGAAAGAGGUUGUACAAUCAGUAAAGAUGAACUCAACAUAGAAACUAGUCUCCUCUCAACAAGAAGAAGUGCUUUAAUAUUAGAGUUCAAAGAAUAAACUUCACAAUAUUCGAAAUCCUGUAAAGUUGACAAAAGAUAAAAAUUACUAAACAUGAUUUUAGUUGAAGAUAAUUUCGAUGAUUAUAUUUACUACGAUUGGAAGAAUUCAAACUUGCAAUUAAUUAGUGUUAAUGAUUAAAAUUUAUUGAAGAAAUUAAGUUCAGCCAAACCUAUGUCUAAAUAAGUCAAAAAAAAUGCUUGA